UUUGACCGAUCCAACCAGGCCUUGAGGGUCUGCGCCCUCCUCGCCGACUGCCACCGCAGGCUCUGCCAGUCGCACGUGCUUCGCUUCUUGUACUUUUCCAGAAAAAAAGAAAGCAAAAGUCCCUGCCUGCUGGAGUCAAUACCCCGCCCCUCAGGGAGAACAUCUGGCUGGCUGGCAGGCUCCUGCGUUCUGCUACUCCCUCGCUCUCUGCCCGGCUGCAGUUCCUGUUCUUCCUGGGAGGGUGUUCUGCCAAAGGCAGACGACACAGAGGAAAAUCUCUGCUCUCCGCUGCUCUGCCUCUCCAUGCCCAGGGACCACCAUGGUGCUGGAGCUGUAUCUGGACCUCCUCUCCCAGCCCUGCCGAGCCGUCUACCUCUUUGCCAAGAAGAACAACAUCCCCUUUGAAUUCAGAGCUGUGGAGCUGUUCAAAGGUGAGCUAAACGCACCUGCCUUCCGGCUCCUUUGUGCUGGCGGUGAAGGAGGGGUGGGGGCGCUGAGGUCAGGGUGGGUCAAUUUAUCUCCCGAAGAAAAAGAAAGUGGAGAGAUGUUGCAUGGGGGAGAGGGAAGACCCCUGUCUCUUAAUGACCUGGAGAAACCACGAUGUUCAGGGGGCUCCAAAGGUGGGCUUCUUCCUCAUUUCACUGCCUGCUUUCAGAAGACCUGGUUUUAAGUACACCUCUUCCCACCCACCCUUUCUCCCUAGCAGGAGACAUUCACUGAUUUUAAGCAUGGCAAGAAUUCCCUUUUUCUCGCCAUGCUUUAGACUCAGUGAAUGGAAAGACGAUAAAGUCCCUACCAGAAAAGAAUGGCCGAUUAAGUUUGAUGGAUUAUGCCGAAAUGGCAAAAAUGACCGGAAGAAUCGGAAAUCAGGAAGACCAAAAUUUUAAUAAGGAAUGGGGAAAAUUUAUAAUAUAUCUUUAAAAAAACCAUUGUAAACAGCUAAAAUCAUUAGUAGGGUUGGAAUAACACUUGUAGUUUAAUGGCGAAUUUUGGACAUAAUGGAGAUGUAAAAGAUUUGGAUUACUGUAAAAGAUGCAGGAGGAAGUGACUAAUAGGACCCACAAAGGGGAGGAGGGAAGUCUAAGAGAUUCUUUGGCAUCUUGUUUUUAUGUUGGAUAUGUGAUUGUAAAACUUUAAUCUAAAAAACCAAAUAAAUAAAUUUAUUUAUUUUUUAAAGUAUUCCCUCUUUCUCCUCCAAAUGUUCACGUGCCAAGUUCUGACAUAUGUUAGUGACUCUGAGAUCAGGAGGAAGAAGAGUUGUAACAAUCUGGGAUUAAUUUUCCCAGGAAAAAAUAACUCUGGGGGACUUGCCUGGAAGUUGGCCUCAACCCUCCUCUGUGCAAUGGGCCUGGUUAGAAGGAUCACUUGGUAGGGGUUGGUCCUGCUGGGACAGCCCACUCUGGUGUAAAGACCUUUUUUUUAAUAUAAUUUUUUAUUAGUUUUUUUUAACAUGUCAUUUUCAACAGUAAUUAAACAUACUUUUACAUCUUAUUCAAAUUUUUGACUUCCAUCAAACCUGUCUGAAAAUUUUCCAAUCUAAUCUCUCAGUAUGCAUUUCUUAUCUUCCCUAUUACAUUUCAAACUCAUAACCAAUAUCUCUAUCUUUUUCUACUUUGUAACACUUCAUAUAUUUCUCCUUACAAAACUUCUUGUAGUCCUACUAGCGUAAUUUGUUGAUUACAGUUGCUCUUCAAAUAAUUCAUAUACUUCUUCCAAUCUUCUGUAAAUCUCUGGUCCCGCAGCUUUCGAAUCCUUCCUGUCAUUUUGUCCAAUACUGCAUAGUCCAUUAAUUUUGUCUGCCAUUCUUCUUUUGUGGGAAUUUCUUCUUGUUUCCAUUUCUGGGCUAACAAUACUCUUGCUUACUCUGGUGUAAAGAACUUGGUGUGGGGGGCAAGUGUCUGUGUCUCUCCCUGGAUCUGCUUCUCUAUUCUUGGGAGUGGCCUUCUCUGGUGGGCUCUGUGGAAUCCCGGUCCAUUUCAGCAGCUGCUGUUGUGAUCUGGGAAUCAUCACGGCCAGCUGAAUAUUGCAGGUGGCUCUCUGCUUUGACAUGACUGAAGAGAAACCCUGAGAGAGAAGCUACCUGAGCUUGGGGAGGUGGGUCUUUGACUGGGCAAGAGGGCAGUUCUCCCAUCUGAGAUGGAUGCCUGCCUUUCUGCUCCCCUCGCUUUGCUGAUGCUUUUGCGUCUCUCCUGCCAGAUUCCAUCCUGGGGACGAAAGUGCAGGGCGCAAGCAACCCAGAGGGAGCCACGCCAUCAGGUAAGAGCUGAGAGGCUGGGUGAUGCUUUUGUAUAAUACAGAAAAAUCAGGGUAGUCCACAGGCCAGCUGCCCAGGUUGGCAUGGUUCAGAGGGUUGGAAGCAGCAAGAGCCUGGGAGUUCACCCACACAAUUCUGGUUCUGGGGCUCCCCACUGUUUGCAUGGACAUGCCCCCAGUUCUGUGGGUCCGAUGGUCGGAAGGCCAAACUUGAACCUGGGCUCAAUGCCCCGUUCAGAAGUGGCUUCGCUGGGGGCCUUCAAGUUCUUGCAGCCUCUUUCAAAAGAUGUUUGUGAACCAGCAGGAGGUAUUUACCACCAGCUGACAGAUCGGGUGGCCGCCCUAAGUAUUCUCGCCUCCCCCUUCGUUAUUUUCGUUUCUGGAAUAUGGCGUUUGUUUGUUCCUGCUGUGUGUGAACAUGUUUGCCUGCUAGGUUCUGGCUCAGGUUGAAACUUCUCCUCGGAACAGGUUUCCAGAGGAGUUCUUGGGCAGUUGAUUUGUACAGGUGGUCACAUUGAGAAGAUGGCUGCUAUCCAGGGCUUCCUUCAACACCUGAUGAGUCAAAUUCCAAGCUGCUUUGCUCCAGGAAGUGUUGUGGAGGAAGCUGUUGGUUCUCCUGCCUGUUCUGGCUCUCCCACAAAGAGCCCCCCAGGCUCAUGGUCUGUCCCAAGUGUGACAAAAUAGCACAGUGACUGUCAUCAGACUGUUCAGGGCCAUCAGGAAAUGGGCCAAACCAAUGAAUGUGUAUCAAGGUGGUUGCAAGGCAGGCUUGGGAGUAUUGUAAAUACAGGGCCGAUGAACAAUGCUGGCAAGUUUUUCAAAAGAGGACUGCUUGUUAUUUUAACCUUAGAAGCAGCGAUAGAAGAAAUGAUUGUCACAGGACAAUGCCUGCUCUGUGUCGUCAAUCCUGGCCCUGAACUGUUUCAGGCAAACAUGCAAGGAUGGAUUGACACCACACUUGCAAAGCCCAUGUUUGGGGGGCAUGAAUAUGGCUGCCAGCUGAAGGUGGCAUGUGGGCAGAUCUUGGCUGCACUGACACACUUGUUGCCUCACCUGGGUGGCACCUCUCCUCACCCAGCAGCUCCUGAGCUGUACCUUCCCCUUCCCAAAAACGUCCAUUGCAAAAGGAGGCUCCAAGCAUGCAUUUCUUGCUCCAGGGGUCAGUUUGUGCCAGCAGCAUUCAGCCAGAACUCACAGGGUGCCUUGUUGCUGAAAGGCAGGACAGAGAUGCCAAAAAUAUGGUUUAAGGGAAGUCCCCCGGUUUUAGUAAACGGACUCCCCUGCUGUUGUAGAGUGAAGUUCUCUUUGCGAUGUAAAUAUUGCCGUAAGGAUUUCAAGGGCAGUUGAUGCUGUGCUGUUGCCACUGGGCUCCUGCUGAAAUACAGUGGCCCUUUCCAAGCAAACUCACGGAGCCAGAGGUUCGUUCCCUUGGGAAGAGAUCUUUGGUGUCAGAUCAGGACUGGGUGCCCUUUGACCUGCCCCAUUCUGCAUGCAAGGCUAGAGAUAAACACACCUUGUACUUUGAGCUCAGGGCUCUUUCCAAACUCCACUUCGGAACAUAGUUUGAACUUCUCUCAUGCAGCUUUGAAAGCCAGGCCAGAGGUGGGGUGGGGGGUGGGGGGGUGAGGUGACAAUAACAAGUAUUUUCAGUUUUCCCCCAGUAUUUUCAGACAAGGUGUGGUUAUUAUUGGGGGGCAAGAUUAGCCAGGAGUGGAGAGCUUCCUCGGGUCUGUCUGUGGCUAUAAACCAAGACAACCAAAGUGGAGCAAACAUCCCACUUUCUCUCCCCCUCCCCAGUCUCCAAACAUUGGGGGCUCCCAGCUGCCCGCUCUGAGUAGAAAAAAAUAUGGCACUGGACUCACAGCUGAUUUAUUGGGAUAUUCUGCGUUAUGUACUGAGUUGAAUAGGAUCCAAAAAGCAGCAGUCUGAUUGGUCCUAGAACAAUAGGGUCCAGAAUGCAGCAGUCUGAUUGGUCCUAGAACAAUGCAGCAGUCUGAUUGGUCCGCAGGAGCCACCCAAUCCAGCUCCAGGUGGAAGUGAAUCCGCAACCUGAUUGGCCUACAGGAGAAUCCCAGAAUUAGCCAACCACAUGCGACCCAUUGUGUAAAUAAUGUAUAUAAAGCAGAUAUUUUGGGGGAACUUUCAUUCCUCACUACUAUGAGCUGAAUAAAGAGCAUGAAAUCCACACUCGACUCCGAGUAUAUUUCAAUCUGCAUGGGUCAAAAUGUAAAUUGGCCACUGAUUUGCUCUGCAGAACCCGGAGUUGUUGUUUGUGCUUGGUACACAGAUAUACGCUCACCAAUUCUCCAGCUGUCACUCAGAACAGAUUGUCCAGGCAAGCUCCAAUUCUGGAGUCCUGGAUGUGCUGGGCAUCUCCUGCCAACCGUCCUGCCAGGUCUAACUGUGUGCUGUGUCGCUUCCCUCCAACCCACCCGGUUUUAGGGCCGCUGCCCAAGGCGACUGCAGUGAAGAAAGUUCCCGUCUUGAGGGAUGAGGCCUUCGUUUUGUCUGAAGGGUAAGAAGGCAGGCAGACAGGAAUGGCUUCCUUCCCCUCCAAAUUUCUAUAUUAAAAAAUAUAUAUUUGAUUUUACAUACUUGAGUUUUCAAUCAUACCACAACACAUUCAAAGUUACAAGAUUCCUACAAACCUCUGGACUUCCCACCUUCUCCUCUGUGAGUUCUGUUGUUAAAACAGCUGCAUCUUUAUUUUAAUAAUCCAAAUUUUUGUAACUCCAUUGUGUCAAUAGGUCUCGUUACAUUACAAGUUCUAGUUACAGGUAGGUUGCCAUGUUGGUCUGCCAUAGUCAAAACAAAAUAAAAAAAAAUCCUUCCAGUAGCACCUUAGAGACCAACUAAGUUUGUCAUUGGUAUGAGCUUUCGUGUGCUUAGUUGGUCUCUAAGGUGCCACUGGAAGGAAUUUUUUAAUUUUGUUUUUACAUUACAAGUGUUAUUGCAAUCCUGCUCACGUUUUCAACUGCUUACAGUGGCCUUCAAGGUAAAUUAUAUCCCCCCCCCCCAUUCUUUAUGAAAGUUUUGGUCUUCCUGGUUCCUGAGUCUUCCGGUCAGUUUUGCCAUUUCGGCAUAGUCCAUCAACUUGAUUUGCCAUUCUUCUCUGGUAGGGACUUUUAUCUUCUUUCCAUCUCUGGGCUAGCAACAUCCAUGCAGCUGUCGUCGCAUACAUAAAGAGUCUUUCCUGCUCACUUGGAAUUUCAGCACCUACAAUUCCUAAUAAGAAAGCCUCUGGGUUUUUUUUUUGUAAAAGUUAUUUUAAGCAUUUUUUCCGAUUCAUUAUAUAUCAUUUCCCAGAAGGCUUUUAUUACCUUCCUCCCAAUUUCUAUCUCAUCUGUAUGUCGUGAGGGAACAAGACGGUUGGGUGCUGUUGAGCACAGCUCAGAGGCUGAAAGGAGUCAGGGGUUUGGGGCCAGGAGACAGAAAAACACUGGUGUUGGGAAACUCCUUUGAGCUCUGUCUCAGCUGACACCAGAUGGAAAGCGAUCCAGUCCUGAGCUUGAUGUAAAUUGUGGUGGGGAGUGUAUCACAGUGGGGGAGCAACACCCGGAAGGCUUCUCUCUGCAGCUUCAUGGCACGUUACUCAAUAAGGUGUUUGGCGAGGGGUUGGGUGCUGCCAUGGGGUAUAUCUUGUGUAUCUGGGGCUCCAGCACAGCUUUGGUCUGCCCUCAGCCUGCCAGCCCUGAGACGGGCUUCCCUGCUCCAUUUGCUCCCACUGUGCCCCUGACGCCUGUCACCCUCUCUUCUCUGGGCACAGCACAGCCAUCCUCCUGUACCUGAGCCGCAAGUACAACACCCCGGACCACUGGUACCCGUCGGAUGUCCAGAAGCGAGCCAAGGUAGAUGAAUACCUGUCCUGGCACCAGGCCAAUAUCCGGGCCAAUGCUCCCAAGGCCAUGUGGAUCAAGGUAAGGGAACAGAGAGAUGGGUGGGCUUUGGCUGGGCUGUCCAGUUUUUGGGUUUUACCUGCUUGGCUCAGGGUCACAGAUGAGGUUCUGGAAGGCCUAUCUCAGAAUCUCUGCCCAAAUUCCUCUGGCUUAAUGCCCUUAACCAUAAUAGCCUGUGGCUGCCUUCUCUUCCGGCAGCGAGGAAUGGAAAUUGCCCAUUCAUGCUACUGCCUCCUGUCCAACUCACAGUAUUGUAUUGCCAUACUUUAAAAUAUCCAGUGACUUCCCUUCUUCUCUUUCCAUGGUUCAUUUGGCGUAUCUUACAUCCCUGCAUAUUUUACAAUAACUAUCCUGAUCGGUUUUCCACUGUCACAUCAAUCAAAAAUUAUUUACUCUUUUGAAUUUUUCUUAGUGCUGCCAACAUUUUCAGCUGUACACAGUUAUUUUCCAUAUACUCAAUAAAUGUUUUCCAAUCUUCUCUAAACCUAUGUUCUUGCUCUCUUAUUCUAUAUGUUAAAUCUUCAAGUUGUGCAAAUUCUGUCAACUUAAGUUGUGAAUCUUCUUUAGUUGGGACCUCACUCACUUUCCAUUUUGGGGCUAACAAAACACGGGCUGCAGUUGUUGCAUACAUAAAUAACCUUUUCUGACACUUGGGAAUUUCAGUCUGAGUUAUCCCCAGCAGAAAGGACUCUGGGUUUGGGGGGAAAGUAAUUUUUUCCAGUUCAUUAUAAAUCAUUUUCCAAAACUCUUUUACCUUUUUACAUGUCCACCACAUGUGAAAGAAUGUUCCCUCCACCUCUUUACACUUAUCUGAUUCUGUCUUGUAGAUCUUAGCAAGCCUACUCAGCGUUAAACACCAUCUAUGAAUCAUUUUCAAAUAGUUCAAAGAACAACAUGCUGUAAAUUUCAUGUCGCUUUUCCAAAGUUACUCACAAAGGUUGAAAUCUAUGUUGUGUCCUAUAUCUAUUGCCCAGUGCAUCACUGACUUUAAAACCACUGAGUUCAAACCAUCCAAUGUCAUUGUUGUCCCCCUAUGACCAGCCUCCCCUGACUGGCACUCUAGCUGGACAUCUCAGGCUUUCCCUGGGAAAGUGUAGCUCUGUGAAGGGUAAACUACAAUUCCCAGGCUUUAAUGGUGUGGUGUGGAUGUGAUCUUUCUCUCUCUUUGCAGGUGCUAAUCCCGCUCUUCACAGGCCAGCCGCUUCCCCCAGAGAAGCUACAGGAGGUGAUGGAGGGGCUGGGCGCCUGCUUGACUCAGCUGGAGGAGCUUUUCCUGCAGGACAAGCCCUUCCUGGUGGGCAGCGAGGUCUCGCUGGCUGACCUAGUGGCCAUUGUGGAGCUCAUGCAGGUGAGGAUUGAACCCAGGGAUCACCAGAUUCCUUUCUGAACUGCCUCCUAGCCAGUCUGGAGAGAGCAGGGGAGCAGCCUGCCUUCCCUCAAAACCUGACUUGAGGGCACAUUGUGGGAUGAGCAAAUGGCCCAAGGGUGAUCAGCGGCUGUUUUGAGUGGCCUAAGUGGGUGAUCCAGCUGCCAAGCCAGACCACAAGGAGCCCCAACAGAGAACAGGGUGCAGGGCAAUCUUCCCAACUGUCAAGGCUUCAGGGAAUCCUAUCCCUCUCACGGUGGGAUGCAAAGAAGCAUCAAAACAAGAAGAGUUCUUACCAUGUAGUUUAUUCAAUAGUCACAGAGAGAGACGAAGGAAUGCUGUCUCUCUUAGAUAAUGCCGUUGCUCCAAGUCAAGUCCCACCCCCUCAGUCCCUCCUAUUCUGCAUCACCCCUGCACCAGCUGAUCUGCGUUUUCUGCCUCUGAGUUUUCUGUUCUAUUACUCUCAAUGCCCGCCGGGUUCGGGGAGGGGGGGGUCAGGAAUGCUUUCAAGAGACACUGAGUCUGUCAGCUGUCUCUCCCCUGGUGCUUCUUCUUCCUGCUGCUCUCCCAAUAUUUCCCAGCUCCUUCCCUCUUCAGCCUCUGAACUAUGUGUGACAUAUGAGAGAGUGCUGGAGGUGAAAUAGUUAAACAGGUUGCCCAGUGAGGACCCGGGGGGUGGAGUCAGUGGGACUAUAAAACCAGCUCUGGGAGGGGUAAAGGAGAGUUCGUUGAGGAGUUUGUUGGGAGUUGGGUGGUUGGUUGGAGUGGGAGUGAAUGUGAAUUGGGCUAGAGUUGUGGGUAGGUUGAGUUAGUGUAAUGAAAUAAGCUGUGUUAGGGGCUAGACAGACAAGCAAAUAUCCGAGAGGUGGUUUAGUAGGUGGGGAGUCCCACUGACUCCACCCCCCUGGGUCCUGAGUGGGCAACCUGUUUAACUAUUUCACCUCCAGCACUCUCUCAUGUGUUAACGUCACACUAUGACCUUCUGCAAACCGCUGUUCUAAAUCUAUACUGUCCUCCUGCUCUCGGGAAGGUGCAGGAGGAGAGGGGGAGUGGUUCCCACCAUUCCUCUUCAGUCCAGCCCCUGACACCCAUAGACCCCAAUGACUUACUCCAUACCCCCACCCCGUCCACUUUCCGCAGCCGGUUGGUGUUGGGUGCGACAUAUUUGAGGGGAGGCCCAGGCUGGCCAAGUGGCGCGACCGAGUGGAGGAAGCUGUGGGGAAGGAGCUCUUCCUGCAAGCGCACCAGCUGAUCCUGAACAUCAAACAGCUGAGCACCAUCCAGAUCGAUCCCCGGCUGAAGGAGCAGCUGGGGCCGGUGCUACUGAAGAUCCUCAAGUGAAUAAAAGCCACCGAGCUGGC